AUGGCGACGACGACAUCCUACAAAGACACUCUCCUGCCUCUCCUUCUCAAGGCCAAAGUUCUCUCAUUCGGCACAUACACGCUGAAAUCUGGACGCGUAUCACCGUACUUCUUCACGUCAACUCUGCUACAUACCGCAUCACUUCUGGGCGCUCUUGCCCGCGGCUUUGCAGCUGUUCUGACAUCCCCUCCGUUCUCCCUGCCACUUGGGACCGAGGAAGCAGGUAGUGACGCGGACGGUUCCCUGUCACCUCACUUCGAUAUCAUCUUUGGACCCGCAUACAAGGGAAUCCCUUUGGCCGCAAUUGUUGCCCGGGAGCUCGAGUUCGGUGGCCACAAUUUCGAGGGUGUCUCCUACGCUUUCAACAGGAAGGAAGCAAAAGAUCAUGGUGAAGGAGGCAUUAUUGUUGGGGCGCCCCUCAAGGGCAAGAGGAUUAUCAUUCUCGAUGACGUGAUGACGGCCGGCACAGCGUUGCGGGAAGCCGUCUCAAUUAUCAAAGCACAAGGAGGUACGGUGGUUGGCGUCGUCCUACUGCUCACCAGACAAGAACGGGUAUCGGACACCGAGCCACGAAGUGCUAUGAAGGUCGCUGAGGAUGAGUUGGGAGUGCCUGUCAGGGCUGUUCUCAAGUUCGAAGACCUCUUGGAGGGCAUUGAGACAGGUAAAAUUGAGGGAGCGGGCCCUGAACAGCUGGAGCUGAUGAGGACAUACCGGGAGAAGUACGGGAGCACAGAUUGA